AUGCAAGCGCUGCUGAGCCGCAUCGUGGUGUCUCCCAGUGGGCCCGAGGGCCGGCCCGCAGAUGCGCAGGCCAGCGCGGACGUCUCGUUCUCCCCUCCGCCCACGCCUUCUCCGAGCGCGCCAAGCGCCGUGUCGCCCGAAGUCAGAGCGGACAUCGCGCUGGCCGUGGAGCGCUUGCAAUUUGCAACACUUUUGGGUGAGCGCAAGAAGGCGAUGGCUGCUCUUCAAUCGUUGGCGCAGAGAUUCGACGCGUCGCGCAGUCCCGGCGGCCGUAAGAGCAGCAGCGUCGACCCUACAGUUGAAGAGCAAGAGCUCGGAGAUGCCGCCGUGCCCGCCGUGCUGGCCGCGCUGGUG